AUGGGUCUGCUAAGCUCUAAAGCCCUGAAAGCCAAGCAAGCUCAUAUUCUUCUUCUCGGACUUGACUCAGCUGGGAAGUCUACUCUCCUUUAUAAAUUAAAGCUUGCUAAGGAUGUUACAACUAUCCCAACAAUAGGUUUCAAUGUGGAGAUGAUCCAAUUGGAAAGCAGUUUCUCACUCACAGUCUGGGAUGUUGGAGGACAAGAAAAAAUGAGAACUGUUUGGAGCUAUUACUGUGAGAAUACUGAUGGGCUGGUGUAUGUUGUGGACUGCACAGACAAACAGCGACUGGAAGCCUCCCGGAAAGAAUUUAAGCAUGUCUUGAAGAAUGAACAUAUUAAAAAUGUGCCUGUUGUCAUAUUAGCUAACAAACAAGAUGUUCCUGGAGCUCUGACCGCUGAGGACAUUACUAGAAUGUUCCAAGUGAAGAAGCUCUGCAGUGACCGGAACUGGUACGUGCAGCCUUGCUGUGCCAUCACAGGUGACGGGCUGACUGAAGGAUUCGAGAAACUAACAGGAUUUGUGAAAAGCCAUAUGAAAUCAAGAGACACUUCAGCAUUCUUCAAGCAGAAAUGA